AUGAAGGUGGUUCAAGAUAGCUGGGAACAAGAAAUACAUGGUGAUCCUGCUUUCAUCUUUAUGAAGAAACUUAAAAAUCUCAAAAAAAAUCUCAAAGAAUGGAACUGGCAGGUUUUUGGUGAUGUUAAGGUCAAAAUUCAGGAGGCAGAAGUUAAUGUUAAAGAAAAGAUGAUAAUUUCAGAUUCUGAUCCUCAUGAUGAACAAGCACUGCAUGAUCUAGUUGGUGCUCAAAAUGAACUCAAUUCAAGAGAAGUACAAUACAGUACAAUGAUGAAACAAAAAUCCAGAAUUAAGUGGGUCAUGGAGGGGUCUUCAAACACUAAUUUCUUUCAUUCAAAUGUUAAGAUUAGGCAAACAAGAAAUGCCAUUUGUGAACUGGAGGAAGAAAAUGGGAAUUUGGUAUCUUAUCAAACAAAAAUUACUGAUAUAUUAGUGAAUUUUUUUGAACAAAGAUUUAAAGCUCAAAAUAUGGUUGUUAAUGAUUCUAUUCUUGAAGUUAUACCAAAUGUCAUUACUGAAUCUGAUCAAUUUAUGCUUGAAGUUAUUCUUGAAGCAGAGGAGAUUAAAGCAGCAGUUUUUGGAAUGGAUGCAGAUAGUGCACCUGGACCUGAUAGUUUUUCAGGAAUGUUUUACAAAGCAUGCAGGGAAAUUAUUCAACAUGACUUCAUCAAAGCAGUUAAAUAUUGUUAG